AUGGAUGAGGAGAGGACAGCUCUUCAAGAAAUUACAGAAUCUAUGAUCUAUGGACAUGAUUCUAACGAGUAUUCAUAUCGGUCCAGAUUCUUUGAUGAUUGUUGCAGGUGGGAAGGUGUUCAUUGUAGCCCCACAAACUCUCAAGUGAUUGGAAUUUAUUUCUACUUCAUCAAGAAAGAUAGUGAAGAACAGUGGUUUCCGGAUAUGAGUUUAUUUUCUAAACUCAAGCAGUUGCAAGAAUUGCAUCUCGUAGGGAACAAUAUUGGUGGACUGGAUAAUCCUGAAGCAAUAUGUGAACUUGCUAACUUACAACGGUUGGAUCUUUCAAUUAACUCAAUUGAAGAAGAAGUACCACCUUGUUGGGGCAACAUGCCAUCGCUUCGAACUCUAGACUUGUCGAAGAAUGAGUUCCGGGGAAAGCUUACUUCCAUCCUUGCAAAUAUAUCAAAAAACAUUGAAGUCAUUGACUUUUCUCAUAACCUUUUCAAAGGUUUUGUGCCCUUUUCCAUCCUUGCAAACCUUUCCAACCUCAAACAUCUAGGUCUUUCCUACAAUUACCAUUUAGAAGUUGAAACAGAAGAUCCAAUUUGGCACCCUUCUUUCCAAGUACAACAUUUGCUUUUGGCUGAUUGCAAUCUGAACCAUCAGAGUGGUAAAGGAAUUCCUAGGUUCCUUUCAACACAAUAUAACCUGCAAACCUUGGAUUUAUCCAGUAACUCGCUGGUUGGAAAUUUUCCUACUUGGCUUUUUCAGAAUGUUUCUUCUGUAUUAAGCCUGAGAAGCAAUUGCUUUGUUGGUCAAUUCCCUGAACAGCUCCAAUCUACACUGUCUACGUUAGAUAUCUCUGACAAUCAUUUUGAUGGCCAUCUGCCAUUACACUUUGAUAUAAUUCUCCCUCAGCUGUUUGAAUUCAAUGCCUCCUCCAAUCAAUUUUCUGGCAAUAUUCCCCUUUCUGUAGGUGAAUUGAAACAUUUAGAAAGGGUAGACUUGUCUAACAAUCGCCUCUCUGGACCUGUCCCUGGUGGUCUAACCCAAAAUUCAACAUUAUGGUACUUGAAUCUCUCAAACAAUAGCUUGGAAGGUGAGCCGCUUGCUGUAAAUUGCAACAUGCCAAAAUUGCAUUGGUUGCUGCUUCACAAUAAUCACUUUGUGGGGGAAUUUCCAGCUUGCUUGUCCAACAGACAUCUUCCCAAGGAACUAUGCGAAAUGCAAAAGUUACAGUUCUUGGAUUUCUCAAACAAUAGAUUCUCGGGGAACAUUCCUCCUUGCCUCCAUAAAAGUUUAGUAUGGAAAAACAAGAUCCAAGCAAACUCAUGGGUCCCUAUUGAUUUCACCACCAAAGGUAUUUCACGUUUGUACCAGGGAAUUCCCCUUACUCUAAUGACAGGGAUUGAUUUCUCAGUUAACACAUUGGUUGGGGCAAUUCCACAAGCAAUUGGUGAACUAUCAGAGCUUCAUUCUUUGAACCUCUCAAAUAAUCAUUUAACAGGCCAUAUUCCAACAUCUUUCAAAGAACUCAAUAAUUUGGAGAGCUUGGAUCUUUCCCACAACAAUCUGACGGGACAUAUACCUCCUGAAAUCUCCCAGAUGAGUACUCUCUCAAGGUUUUCUGUAGCCUUCAACAACCUCAGAGGAUCGAUCCCAUCUAGUACGCAAUUUUCAACAUUCUCUGAAAGCGACUUCGAAGGCAACCCAGAACUUUGCGGUGAACCACUACAAAGGAAAUGCUCGGGAAAUGACGAUGACGACGAUGGAAGAAAAGAAAACCCCAGUGAGAAAGCAGAGGAGAGGGUGUUUGAUAAGCCCUUGAUUUUCUUUUCAUUUGUGUUUAUAUCAUAUAGUUUGGGAUUCUGGGGUUUCCUUGCACCACUUUACAUCAGUGCAAAAUGGCGGAGAAAAUACUUUGCCACCAUUGAUGGAUGGAUUGAACAUCUUUUCUACAUAAUGUAUUUCAAAUUAGGCACUUAG